GAGGGAGUGGGGAGGGGCGAGAGCAAGAUGGCGGCGGCGGGCGGUUUGCGGGUCGGAGAUCUGGUCUGGGGCAAGCUGGGGAGGUACCCGCCCUGGCCGGGCAAGAUUGUUAAUCCACCCAAAGAUCUAAAGAAACCACGAGGAAAGAAAUGCUUCUUUGUGAAAUUCUUUGGGACCGAAGACCAUGCAUGGAUCAAAGUGGACCAGCUCAAAUCCUAUCAUAUUCACAAGGAGGAAAUGAUCAAAAUUAAUAAAGGGAAACGUUUCCAGCAAGCAGUGGAUGCAGUUGAGGAAUUCAUUAAAAAAUCCAAGGUACCUGCCCCCACCUUAUUAGAAGACAAAAACAAACAUAAAUCAACAGAAGACAGAAAACAAAAUUCAUCAGUCACAGAAAUUUCAGAAUACAUUACAAGGAAGAGGGGCCGGCCAGCAAAGGAUGAAAAGGACACUCUGCCUGAGUCGACCACAGUGAAAAGGAUGGUCACGGGGCCAGGAUCGGGAUUCGAAUGGAAGCAGGUAAAGACUGACCCUCAUUUCCAUCACUUUCUGCUCAGUCAGUCUGAGAAGUCGGGAGCAUCUUCUGCAAGUGCACGGACACUAAAGACCACAGCAGAAGAGGAAGCAGAGUCCACAUCCAUCCAGCCAGCAGACAGCACAGCAAACAAUGGCAGUGUGUCGCCCACAGACAAAAGAAUAGGCUUUCUUGGCCUUGGCUUAAUGGGAAGUGGAAUUGUCGCAAAUCUCUUGAAGAUGGGGCACACGGUCACGGUGUGGAAUCGCACAGGGGAUAAGUGUGACCCUUUCAUCCAGGAAGGGGCACGGUUAGGACGAACCCCAGCAGAGGUGAUUUCUACGUGUGAUAUCACACUCUCCUGCAUUUCUGACCCAAAGGCAGCUAAAGAUCUUGUACUUGGCCCCAGUGGAGUGCUGCAAGGGAUUCGACCAGGCAAGUGUUAUGUCGACAUGUCUACUGUGGACCCUGAGACAUCCAUAGAAAUCUCACAGGUGAUCACUUCCAGAGGAGGACGCUUUUUAGAAGCCCCGGUCUCUGGGAAUCGUCAGAUAUCAGAGAAAGGAAUGCUGGUGAUCCUGGCAGCAGGGGACAAGCUACUGUUUGAUGAGUGCAGCAGCUGCUUUCAGGCCAUGGGCAAGAAAUCUUUUUACUUGGGUGAGGUGGGCAAUGCCUCAAAGAUGAUGCUGAUUGUGAAUAUGAUUCUGGGCAGCUUCAUGGCUUCUGUGGCAGAAGGAUUCACACUGGCUAAAAUAGCCGACCAAUCCCAGGAAGUGUUGUUUUACAUCUUGAGUCAGGGACCUUUGGCAAGCACUUUCUUGGACCAAAAGUGCCAAAAUAUUUUGCAGGGGAUCUUCAAUCCAGAUUUCUUGUUGAAACACAUCCAAAAGGACCUCAGGUUAGCUCUUGCUAUGGGCGAUUCUGCCAAACAGCCAACUCCAAUGGCUGCUACGGCCAAUGAGGUGUUUAAGAAAGCAAAGGCCUUGGAGCAGUCUGAGAAUGACAUGUCUGCAGUUUACUUGGCCUACAACCAGUGAUGGCUACAGUCUUUUUUUAAGUAUUUUCUUUUAAAUUUUGGACUAUUGUUUCAAUUUUAUGUUUUAUCAGUAUCUGUUCCAUCCUGCUGCGCUGGCAGUUGUAAUUGUUUUUUCCUCUGGUGAUUGAGGAGAAAUAUCCAUAACCAGCCAAAUCCCAUUGAUGCACUGAAAAGCGGCACAAACCUAGAGACUGAAGUGAACCUGUGCCGAACGCCUGCUGCUUUCUUUGUUGUAGUUUUGUUAGGAUGGUGUCGAAGUUUACAUGAUGGAAAAAUGAAUGGGUUGUUGGUAAACGAGUGCCAAUGAUGGUCCUUUACACGUUUUGUUAAACCAGCCCUGUUGUCCACCCCCUAAUGACAUGAGCCCAGUGCUGGCAUCAUCGGUCACCAGAUGUUCAUGACUGUAUCGCUAAUCGACUUGUCAGGUCAUAGGUGGUUUAAACUACAAGCUGCGAAGUGACCAGCAUCUUAUUUGGUGCUGUGGGAGAGGAGAAUAGGGUAUAUAGGAACCUCCAAUCUGCACUGUAGUGAUACAUAGUGGAUGUACACUGGUAAUCUUGGUAGUGUUACCAGCAAUUCUGGUAUCUACACAGGAUAAAGCAUUUACUGCCGCCCCGAGUAAUAUUUCCCAUGUGGUUUGCACGAGAAGGAAAAGGGAUUUUUACUAAUUCAGGCAAAAUGCCAUCAGUGGGAAGGUAAGACAUCAACCAAGUGUAAGAGAUGUUGCUCUGCUCCGGUGAUGAUGUUACCCUGUUGAUCCUUUUGUUUGUUUUGUGGGUUUGGAGUGUGUACACAAUACACCUUUUCGUGAAAUUAGAAGUUUUCUUACCCUAUUGAGAAAGACCUUAUCUUAAAAUAAAAAACAUUUAAGGGCCCUGAAAGCAUGGCUUUAAUACAGUAUUAAAACAGACGGAGUUGCAAGCAAACCACUCUCUCUGCAGUCGCUUUAGUUUGCUCGGGAUUUUAAUGCAACACAAUCCUGAACAAUAUGUUAAUGUAUUGAUCCCUUCUUGCUCCACCUAUCCUCAAACUAAACCUUAAAAACAUUUAUUUUCGUCAGUCAAACAGCUUUUAUUCUGUUCUUAAUGAGCAGUGGGGGUAAAGUCGACUCCUAUUGCUGCUUGCUAUUUGGGAACACAGAUUGGGUGCAACACCAGUUACUUCAACUUCUCCACUUUAUGAUGUGGAGUUUGUCGAAUUUUGGUCACUUUGCCCUGUAAAAUGGCUGCAUCGAAACCAACUGGGUUCAGCUUGACUAUGUCAACCACAAAAAUGUCUGCCACCUUAAAGUAAUUUCAUAUAUAUAUAUAUAAUGCAAAGUGACCAACAUACAUGUAAGAUGCAAUCUUGGAAGUGAUUGGAUCCAGACACAAGUGAAAACUGGAACAAAGCCAACCUAUAAACUGUGUGCCCACUCUUUCAUUGUCAGAUGUGUGGUGAGAAAGAUCUCCAUUCCCAGCCGUAAAACCCACGACUGGAAUCAGACGAGGAGAACCUCGGCCUUUUGUGUGCCAGGCUGUACGCUCUUAGCUGUUCUGUGCAAUAGGAAACUGAACCUAUUUGUUAUUUUUGCUUUGUUGUGGUUUAAUCCGAAGGUACACCGAGUCUUCAGAAGAGAAUCUGUGCAGAGGCUUUAAUUGCAACAAUCAAACGGAUUUAGAAGAUUUUACGAGUUAAACGGUGUACAGGAAAGUGAUGAGGAUUUCCGUUUUCCAGCUGUUCAGACAAAAGCUAAUGCUGGUGUCAGAGAUUGCAAUUGACAGCUGUCAGGAGGUUUUAUAGAUACGGGAAGAUGCUGCUGCUAUAUAUAUAUAGUGUGACGAUGGGUGGAGCCAGGGAGUGCGGAUGAAUUGUUGCAGCUUAUUUGUGGAAAAACAUCUGAUUGCAAAAGCUUAGGGUAAAAUCCCCAGUGUAAGGGACUGAUGGAUGUUGACAGGAAAUUUAUUGUGAAUAGAAUUACUGCUUUCAAUGCUGAGGUUUUGGACUCAUUCUUGUACUCAGUAUUUCUAAAUCUAGAGAAGGUGAUCUCAGAAUAAGUCAAAGGUUAAACACUAACUGCCUUUUUCUGUGCUCAGGUGUUGAAUUCACGAUUAGAACCAGAAUAUUUAAUUUCCACAGUUCUGAGAUUUCACGUUCUACAUUGUGCUUCCAUUUGGGGACAAACGGCCUGAGAUGAGUUAGUUGUUUUAGUUCAAGUUAAAUGACUGCCUUUCAAUGCAGAGUAUUCUGUAUCUGAACUGUGAUGCAUCCUAUAUGGUGCAACAGUUUCUCAAAAUAUCCUGCAAGCUCCAGUACAUAUACAAUAGUUGUAACAAAACAUCCCUAUCUGAAAACACACUCCUGCUAAUGCUUCCCACCCACAGUACUGCCGUCCAUCUGUUAUUCCAUAUGUUUGCUUCCCCUCUAUCCAAUUAUGGUAAGACUAACGCUCGUCUAUGGAUUCAUUUGCAGUGCGAUUUGCUUUCACAAUAACAUCCUUUCUAACCAUAAAUGCUGUCAGUCACUGACCAGCCUUCUGCAAAUAGCUAUAGGUAAACUUGUAAGGGUAUUUUGUGUGUGAGUGCAUGUGAAUCUAUGCAUCCUGUGGUAUUUUGGGUGAAUGUGACCCUCUUUUGAUCUGCAAAGCUUGAAUUUGAGGUUUCAGCAAGUCCAGCUUAAUAUACAAAGCUUUAACAUCGCAUUAUUGCAAAAAAAAUUGGCCACUAUUUUUAUGGAUCUAUAAGAAAACUUUAUGUGCAAAUUUGUAUAGUUUGUGAAAUGCUAUAUGAGAAGUGUAGUGGGAUACAUUUGACUUUGUUUUAAAUGUAUUGAAUUCCAGUCUCGGCGGAAUUGCUGAUCGGGAAGUUGUUCUAAUUUUGUUUAUUGUUUUAAAAUUUGCAUUUUGUUUCAUUGUGGAACAUUAAACCAGACAGCGUCAAUUUCCUUUGGUUUUCACAGAACAAUUCCAGUUUUAAGAUGAACAAUUUGUAAAUCCGGGUUUACAAGUUUUCACGACAAAUGUAAAACGUACAGUAUGCUGUUGGUUUUGGUCUGAAAGUGGUCCUUUUCCUGCCUCAACAGAACAGUACACUGGAGCUUUUUCAGCUCGCUCACGUAACCUGUUCAUUCUGUUGCCACUGGCUUUAUGCGUAAAGGGUCACAGUCAUCUCCUGAUGAUCCCAAAUUCAGAUCAACCGACAAACGUUAAUAUUGAGCAGUAUGUUUUUUGCUAGAAUUAAAACUGAUGUUUCUGGUGUCACCACAACUUGGGAGAGACAGCCCGACUACAAUGGGGCUGGAUUGGCUUCUGCUGCUGUACCUUGACUCAAAAGGCUGUCCAGUGAACUUGGCUCGCUAACGCCAAGCUAGUGCCCAGCUUAGUUGCUGCUCCUCAUUUAAGAUUUAAAGUAGCCUCCAGAAUCAACGUUUGUGUAAACAUUUGGUUGUUUAAAAAAAAUGGUGACAGACUUUAAUUUAAAAGUGUUUAUAUACUGUUGUGAGCUUUAAAGAAGAAACUCUUAGCAUCUAUUCUAACUUAUUAAAUCUUAAGCGUUAUAACCUAAAGCACUGUUUGCCUCAGCACAUCAGCUUCAGACAUAAGCUGGCUGCUAUUAGCAACACAUCAGAAAGAAGCCAGAAGAAAAUCUUAAUGCAGAUAUCUCCACUCUGCCUUAAAUGAAGGAAGAGGUUAUAUCAAGCCCAUCUUUGCAUUGAACGCAGUUAUCCAAUGUAUUUCUCGUUAAGAUGUUUUACAAAUCACGCAGAGGUGUCCUCCCAUUUCCUGAAGCGAAUGUAGUUCUUGCCAUUUUAAAAUAUGUUCACAAUAAUUUACCAACAAGCAGCAACAUCCAAGUUCACUGAUGACGCUGGUUUAUUUGAUGUCUUGCUCACUGCUAUCUACAUGCAUGGUGCUCGAGUCAAUGACACUCAUGAGGCCUGUUUGUUAUCUGUGCCACACAACUCACUGUUAUAAUUCAAAGUUUUUAUGAAUGCUUUAUUACAAUGUAAUUGUUUGCUACUGAAGUCUAUUCUGUAUCCUUCCUGUUAAUUUUAUCUAUUUUAAAUGUCAUCUUAAGCUUCGUGAUGUUUUUGUUCGCUUGGGAAUGAAGCAAUACUUUUUAUUUAAUUGGAAAGAUUUGAUCCUUCGAUGGAGGAUUGUGGCCUAAUCUCAAGGAUUGUUCAUAAACGUAAAGUUUUCAGGGUUCCGAGUGACUGUUGAAUAUUACUGUUUUGUGCAAUGAUAGUUACUUUGUGCACAAUAAACUUUCUUGGAUACAAGUUAA